ACCCCACAACCCAAACACACAAACUUGAAUAUGAAGAUCAUGAUCGGGAGUUUGGUUGUAAGUUUGUUCCUUGUUCUCUCCUCCGUUGCAAACACCCUCCCCAAUCCUACCGCCACCACCAAUGCUGGUGGUCACAAAAUACUCGAAGAGGAAACCUACACAUCUAACUCCAGCAUAUGGGGUCCUUCUGGAAUGCGACCACCACCUCUUCCAGUCUUUCAUUCUCCUUGGUUCCCACAUGAGAGUUUUUACAACCAUUUUGAACCGCAUGUUGCCGAUAUCUUCAAGAAACGAGUACAAGAGAUAUUAGCCGAGUGGAGGGAUCACACUCUUACUCCACUUUACCACUGCCGCUACACUUGUGAACAGUACAUCCCCAAGAAACUGCUCGCUCAUGAGAACCCUACCCAAACAACAGCAUCUAAGAACCCAACACAACCACAGCAUGUGAAACAAAACCCUACCCAUAGUCAAACAAUACCAACACCUGAGGAUCACAGCGGGGAAAAGUGCCCUACCGUGGAGGCAGUGAUAGAAAGAUGCACAAAAAUGCACCAGCAUGAGAUAGUGAAGGACGCUUACUCAUGGACUUGUACAUUCAGCGACGAGUGCUGCAAACAAACACUCAACGUGAAAGAGGAAUGCACAUAUCUUAAUCCAACGAUCAGGUGGAUGAAGAAUAUAUGUUGCUCUGAUGUUACAACUCGGGCAGGUGAACUCAAUGCAUGAUUGUAAUCACCACUAUGUUCAUAAACUCCAUACAACCGAUGUGCUUUAUAUACCUAUGUACAUGUUUAUGAUAUUUGUUUAUACCUCAGCUUAAUUAGUACAGUUCAUGCUAUCAAUUAAAUAUGCAAAGGUGAGAAGACCAAAAGCUUGUAGAUGUAAUGGUAAUGACAUUGUUAGCUGAAUGAACCAAGGUCAUGAGGUGGGUAGUAAUAGCUAUAACUAUUAUGCAUUUAUGCAUAUAUUACUAUACAUCUCCAGUAUAAAUACAGGACACCAUCCAAUAAUAAUUGCAAAAUUAUAUUCUUCAAUAACUAAUCCUUG